AUGCGGGAUCUUCCCAACGAAGUGUGGCUGCACAUAUUCAGCCAAUUCGAAUUUUCUUCAGGGCCGUCUCUCCUCGCUGUCCAAUUCGGAGUCGGAGAAUGUGACGGUGAGCCAGGGAUAAAUGGCCUCGCAGUGCUGUCACGCAUCUGUAGGACCUCGUCCCGAUUUCUGGGACUCGCUCAACCGAUUCUGUACCGCACUUUGCCUUUGGCGGAUCACAAGGCGCGGGCAAAGCUCUUAUCAACGCUUCAACAGUACCCGCACCUCGCACAACAUGCCCGAAACGUAGCGUUGGGCGACGGCAUCUUUUCUCGCGACGAGUUUACCUCGCUCGUCCUGCCACACUACUCCGGGACACUGCGAACCCCAUCAUCAAGCCCCGAGGGCCUCGAGGCGGAGAUCAGAGGCCUGCUUGACGGCCCGGAGUGGCCAGAAGGUGUGCCCGACAUGUGGUUUGCCCAUUGCGCCGCUCUGCUGCCCAAUUUGAAGGUGCUCGCGUACGCAACUCGGAACUACGACAGGUUCUUCCCGGCUAUGAUUAGCCAAGCAGCCAAUCUUGUGGCGAGAGGAGCCGUCGAUGACGCUCAAGAUGCAGACACGGCGUCGCGGGAGAGCAGUCUGGCACCACGAUCCCAGCGGGAUUCAGGUUGGACAUCAGCUCUGCCACAGCCACUGUCGAAGCUGGAAGAGUUCUGUAUAGCCAACGAAGACACGGAGCUCACGGUGAGCUUGAAGAACAUUCAGGAACUAUUUCUCCUACCUCGCCUGAGGACAUUCCGUGGCUGGGCCGUGGCCCUCAACACCAAUCUGGCAAGAGAAGCACGGGCAUCGGAACAACAGCAACAGCCCCAGCAACGCAGUUCUUUGAGGCAUGCUCACCUCAAAUACUCGCUCGCCAAUGCCGAGGGCAUAUGCGAUCUCCUAAGCACAUGCCCUCUCUUGCAGACACUUGAAAUAUCGUGGGGAUCGUCCACGGUGGGCGACAGCGACCUCGAUUUUGAUCAGAUCGGCAGGGCGCUGCGGGAGCACGCAGCCUCCCUCGAAUUUCUGGAUCUCGACCCCCUGAGUUGUUUCUCGUACGAGUAUGGAUAUUGGACAGGAAACAUUGGCAACCUCCGGCCGCUACGGCGUCUUAAACACCUGUCGUUGCCCGAAAACAUCUUGCUCGGAAGUGAAGAUACGCCUGUGAGCAGUGACGAUGAAGAAGAUGACGACGACGGCGAAAACGCAGCAGGGGCGGAUCCGGGUUCGUUCGAUGGCCUGGAAUCGCUCUUGCCAGAGUCUUUGGAGUCUUUGCGUCUACAUAUUUGGCGUGGCGAAGAUGAAUGGGUACGCAAAACUGUUCAAGGUGUACUAGCUAGUGGACGGUUGACGCGGUUGGAAAAAGUGCAGUUGGAUGGUGUCGCGACGCUUGAUGUGAUUUGGGACAAGACCGGUUGGCGAUGCAAGAAAAGUUCGCAUCGGUUGGUAUUCUAUAGAUGA